CAGAGCUUUAUAUCAAAAGCUCGCAACUUAUAAACAGGCGUUCGCCCUUUGAUCAGCCUCUUCUCUUCAUAGUCAUCUACAUCAACCAAAUCGUCAACAACCCUACCAGGGCCGAAGGGCAACAACACACAUUAUGGGUUCUUUUGACAAAUCCUCCGACCCGGAGGCUGUCAAGACCGCCCCUGUGGCGGUUAGCGACAAUGAUGGCUCCGUCGGUGAGGUCCAAGCAGCUGAGAAGUUCGCCUUUGGCGAAGACCGAAAGAUUGGUAUCACCGGCGCCGUCUUCUUGAUUCUCAACAAGAUGAUUGGUACCGGUAUCUUUUCGACACCUUCCGCCAUUUUCGCAGCUACGGGCUCCGUCGGUGGCUUCUUGACCUGCUGCGGUCUCAGCGUCUGGCUCGAAUUUGGUCUUGCUAUUCCUCGCUCCGGUGGUGAGAAGAACUACCUCGAGUACAUCUACAAGCACCCCAAGUACCUCGCCUCCUGCGUCCUCGCCGCGCAGAUGAUUUUCCUCGGUUUCUCUUCCGGAAACUCGCUCGCCUUCGGUCGCUACAUCCUUUACGCCAACAGCGGAGAUUCAAAAGACAGCUACGCAGCUCGCGGUAUUGGUGUUGCCUGCGCUACCUUUGCCUGCGCCCUGCACGCCUUCCUUCCUAAGUGGGGUGUCCGCUUGGUCAAUGUCCUUGGCAUCUUCAAGGUCGUCAUCGUACUUUUCAUCGUCUUCGCUGGUUUUGCCGCCCUAGCUGGCCAUCGCCACGUCCCCGAUCCCGAGAACUUCAAGCACGCCUUCCGCAUUGAAACGACCGAGUCCUACGGUGGUGGCGGUGCUUAUGCUUACUCCAACGCCCUGCUCAACAUUGUCUACAGCUACAAGGGUUGGGAAAACGCCAACUAUUUUAUGAGCGAACUCAAGGAUCCUCGCCGUACCUUGACCGUCGCCGCUCCCAUCGCCGUUGCCGGCGUCACUGUUCUCUACGUCUUGGCCAACGUUGCCUACUUCGCUGCUGUCUCCAAAUACGAAAUCGCUACCUCUGAGGUUCUUGUCGCCGGUAUUUUCUUCAGAAACGUUUUCGGUGACAGCGCUGGUGUCAAGGCCCUUCCCGUUUUCGUCGCCCUCAGCAACUUGGGCAACGUCUUGGCUGUCUCUUUCGCGCACGCUCGUCUCAACCAGGAGUUGGGCAAGGAGGGUUUGCUUCCUCUUAGCAAAUUCUGGGGCUCGAACAAGCCUUGCAAUGCUCCUGCAGCUUCGCUUUUCCUGCACUGGCUGGUCACUAUUAUUAUCUUGCUUGCUCCUCCUCCUGGACCUGCCUACAACUUCCUGGUCAACCUCUACACGUACCCCGGUGUUUGGAUCAACGGUUUCGUUUCAGGCGGUCUCCUCUACCUCCACUUCUUCCGGAGAGACACCUGGAAGCCCACGUGGCGCUGCUGGGAGCCUAUCCUCCUCAUCUUCUUCCUUCUCAACGUCUUCUUGGCUGUCGUUCCCUUCAUCCCCCCUGUUGGAGACUGGAACGCCGAGGGCUACCCUUACUACGUCUUCCCCAUCGUCGGUGUUGCCGUUCUGCUCCUUGGUGCCACCUACUGGUUUAUGUGGACCAAGUUCUGGCCCUGGGUUCGCGGACACAAGAUCGUGGCGGAGAGAUUCAUCGACGAGGAUGGCAAUGAGGUCAUCAGGUACAAGAAGAUUAAGAAGGCAUAAAUUCUUUCUUACAGGGACACACUACUACACACACUACUACGGAUCUAAUGACGCUUUUUCUUUUGGGAGUUAACGGUUUCUUUCUGGUUGGAAGAUACACUUGAUUUUGGGCGGGCAGUUUUGUUUAAGAUACCCUUGUUUAUCACAUGACUAUCUUUAUAGUAUCUAAUACCCCUAUUCAACAGAGGGUCUGGCGAUUUAUUUGCCAUUAUAACUUUUG